AUGUCGAACGUUAACACUUUAGACUUACAACAUGUUCAUCAGUGCUUCCAACGAAGUCUUAAAGAAGAAGAUGACGUUAUUAUAGAAGCAUAUAUCGAUGGUUAUAAUGAAUUAGUAAAGUUUUUAAACCUAAUUGGAUCUGUGUUCUCCUUCGUCAGUAGCGAUGUGAAAAGUAAAAUUAAAAUUAUGGAGAAACAUAGGGAGUCGGAAAAUGCAGUUUAUUAUGACUCAUUCAAGAAAAUGAUGAAGUAUGAAAAGGAGACUAAACUGUACGACCAAAACGACUUCGUGUCGGGUUCGAGGACAAUGCUGCGUUUGCAUAGAGGAUUGGAUUUCAUCCGACUAUUCUUGAAGCGUCUAAGCGAUAUGGACGACACCAUGAACACCUGUACUACCUGCCAAGGCUCUUAUAACGAAACCUUGGCCGACUUUCAUCCCUGGUAUAUCAGAAAGGCAGCAACAUUGGCGAUGCAUGCACUUCCAUCUAGACCUGAUUUAUUAAAAAAGAUAUUUGGAACCGAGAGUAGCUUAGAAGCAGCAUUCACCAUCUUGCCACAGACAUUGACGAUGUGCGAUGAGGUGUACAAGCGCGUGGAACAGCUUUAUACGGAUUUUGACUUCCAUGGCUUACCGUAA